AGACAACAACGAUCUUGAUGUCGAAGAAUUUUGUGUGUAGCGACCAUGACGUGAGUUCCUUAGAUCCGUUCCUCGCUGCAAUACACGGACUGAAAAAUAAGCAGAAAAACUUGACCCCAAAACCACACCCUUCGACGCUAAGAUCGAAAAGCUUUCUAAAGCGCAUCCACUCUACUUUCAAUCUCUGAAUCUUCUAACUUUGCAAACCAGGAGCAAUCCACUUUGCGACUUUUUACAACGAAUCGUUAGCUUCUCAAGCUUGUCGAAGUGAGUUAGCAGUACCCUUUUUGUGUUACCAGUUCGCUCCGCCCUUCAUACAAAAUGCCGAUCGGUGGUUCCAGCAACAAGGCACAGCGUGCCGUCGUCGAGAAGAAAGCCAAAUCCGGUGGUGGCGAGAUGACCGAGGAGGAGAAAGCCUUCAAGGCUAAGCAGGUAUGAAUUUAAGAGUCUACUGCUUUCUCUUUUUUGCAGGGCUUUUUCCAGAAAUGCAAGUAAAUUUCUUUGGCAGCGAGUUUUCGACCGCGCAACAUAAAGAAUGUGUCGUUUCCAAACCCUAAAACAGGCUGCCGAGAAGAAGGCGGUCGCUGCAGCGGCGGCGGGAAUCAAGGGAAAGAAGAAGUAACUCCGAGGAAUUACUUCUGGCGAUUCAUCUUCCUGCACUCUAGGAUGGUUUUUUUACAACGACGAAGCGGCUAGCUAACGAUGCUGCUGCGGACGACAUGAUCAGAAAUUCACAUGCGGUUGCAAUAGCGACCAAAAAAGCGAGCAGAGCUUCAUGAGCUGGUAAAAAUCCGACCAUGAGUGG